UGACAGCCUAAGCCUACAGGAGGCCAGUGCUCUUUCAAAAUGUCACCGGUGUUGUGUUUUCCUCUCUGUCUCUUUCUUCUUCUCUCUUUCCCUCUGACUUUCAACAUAUUUCCUCCGUGUUUCCUCAAAAAUACUUUCCAGCCAUAGCAGACUGCAGCAGAGCUGACACUGUGACUGCUGUUGGGUAAAGAGACUGCAGCAGAGCUGACACUGUGACUGCUGUUGGGUAAAGAGACUGCAGCAGAGCUGACACUGUGACUGUCGUUGGGUAAAGAGACUGCAGCAGAGCUGACACUGUGACUGUCGUUGGGUAAAGUAAACGAGAGGAUAUCUACACUAUUAUGGCUGAUGUUCCUGUUCCUCCUUCCUCACUGAGAACAGAGGGGAUCCUCCUGAGAGAGAUCCACGUCAACCUGCUGGAGUGUAAAGUCUGCUUCGAGAAGUAUAACCCACGGCAGAAGGAACGCCGGCCUCAGAACCUGUCCUGCGGCCAUGUACUCUGUCUGGAAUGUGUCCGGGCGCUCUCCCACCCCGUCCUCAAGAAGCUUGAGUGCCCUUUCUGCCGGCAGCUGUGUGACGUUGACAGCACCUCCCACUGCCAGGCGCUGACAGACCUCCAGGAUCUUCUGCUCUCCCGCUCCCCCAGGUCACCUGUCCCUCAUCGGGUCAGAGGAGGCAGCGGCUGGGUCGGAGGCCUGGGCUCUGGAGCUCUGCGGCUUCGCUCAGCUUUCGGGGGCUGGGGGUCCCUGAUCAACCCCACGGGGGUGGCCGUGUUCGGGUCCUCUGGGACCGUGGUGGUGGUGCACGAUGGAGAAAGGAGGGUGGUGGUAUUCGGGCCUCAGGGCAGGCGGCUUCACGGGUUUGGGCGGAGGGGUCGCGGCCACGGGGAGGUGUGUCACCCGGUGGAUGUGGCGGUGACUCCCAGCGGGUAUGUGGUUGUGACGGAUGCUGGUGACGGUGCAGUGAAAGUGUUCACCACCAGGGGGAGUUAUGUUCUGGCGGUGUGGGACUCCUUCCAGAUGCCCUGGGGGGUGGACGUGGACAGCUGUGGACAUAUCCUGGUUACUGACAUCCAGGCCGGCACGCUCUCCCAGGUUGUGGUGGACUUUGCCCGUGGCGUGACUCUGAUGAACCGAGCGGUCAUAACCGACCUCCAGCGGCCCAAGGCAGUGGCCUGCUGUCGGGUGACCGGGAACAUCGCCCUGGUGGAGACACUGGGGCUCACCACCACACAACCUCCAAAUGGCCCCCGGCCUACCAGACUGACAAUAUUCAACAAAGACUUUAACGUGCUCUCUCAGAUAGACAGCUUUACUCUGAGCCUGGGGGCCUCCGUGUGGCCCUGCAUGUCUGCCGUGGCCUUUGACAGGGACGGGGAUGUGAUCGUGAUAGACUCCCAGCGUGGGUUGAUUUGGAGUUUGGGAAAGCUCCAGAACGGCCCGGUCCUAACCCCCCUGGUCAGUGGAGACUUGAUUCGCCCAGUGGGGCUGGUCGCCACAGCACAGAACACGCUGAUUGUUUUAGACAGUGGAGACCAUGCAGUGAAGAUGUAUUCCGUUCACUCGGAUGCUAUUCUAGUCCAAACAUGAUGUAGGAAGAGUUAGCUGUCUGGCUGACUUGUAUUGUGAAAAAAUAUAGAAACCAAAUGCAUAAUGACUGGUGAUUCCACCUGUUGUGAUGUAACACAAUAAAA